AUCACCUCGGAACCCGAAGCUCGGGAAGGUUUCCUUAAACGGCGGAGAACGCCGCUGCCGCCCGCCACGUGCCCCCGGCCGUCCUCCUCGCUGCCCGCCAGGUGGUGCGCGCCCCCUCUGCUCCCGCUCCUCCACGUCCUCCCGCUUCCGGGGGUCGCGCUCCGCAUGAGCCUGCAUGUGGUCCUCUGUGCGUGUGUCUAUAAAGGGAGAGGAACGUGCGACGAGACGAGACGCGACGGAUGGAUGCGAUGGAAUCAGCGGCGGCGGUGGCGAGGAUCGACCGGAAAUCGUCCAUAGAAAGCGAGCCCAGGACGCUGGGCGUCGAUCAGAUCCAAUUCGCGAGGGAAGCUGCAGAGUACGUGGUGAACACCAGGAGCACAGAUGAAGCCUUGACCAUCUUCACUGCGGGAUUGAAGCCGGUGACGUGCGCGGGGAUGGCAGCAAAUGCCGACACGGUGAUGGAUCCGAACGAGGAGUAUUUCGGGCAUGGAGAGAGCAAGUUGCAGUGGCCUGAGCACAGGAAUGCUCUAUCCGCUCCCUUCUAAGGGGUCUAGCUAUCCACAUUGUACCCUUCUUGUAUAUAGAAACUUGUAAAUUGCAGUUCCUUAUAAGCUUGAUUCAGAUCAACAGGUAUUAUUCAUCUAGUGAGCU